AGUUAACGAUUAGCUGCUGCACGAAACUAUCGCUUAUCGAUUGGAAAUUGUCAGCUGCACGUGGGAGGAAUAGUCAAAAUAAAUGCGAAAAUAUUAAAAAAGGCAAAUAUGGGUAAAUUAAACGUCACUGUUCUGCGUUACCUGACCAAGGAAGAUUUUCGCGUCCUCACAGCGAUUGAAAUGGGCAUGAAGAAUCACGAAUUGGUGCCUGGACCUUUGGCUGCGGCUAUUGCGAAUUUAAAAACUGGCGGCGUACAUAAACUACUUAAAGAACUAUGCAAGCAUAAAUUGGUGGCCUAUGAGCGUGGAAAGAAGUACGAUGGUUAUCGGCUCACAAACACUGGUUAUGAUUAUUUGGCUUUGAAAUCUCUAACCUUGCGUGGCUCAGUCAGCUCGUUUGGCAAUCAAAUUGGCAUUGGCAAGGAGUCUAAUAUCUAUGUGGUUGCCGAUGAGGAGGGCACGCCAAUUUGCUUAAAAUUGCAUCGCCUGGGCCGUACCUGUUUUCGCAAUGUGAAGUCAAAGCGCGAUUAUCAUGGUCGUCGCCAUAAGACUUCCUGGCUGUACUUGUCGCGCAUUUCAGCAACACGAGAAUUUGCUUAUAUGUCGGCUCUAUAUGAUCGCGGAUUUCCUGUACCCAAACCCAUUGAUUUCAAUCGGCAUUGUGUUCUGAUGGAACUUGUUAAUGGUUGGCCCAUGACGCAAGUGCAUGAGCUGUUGGAUCCAGCGCAAGUCUAUGAUGAUCUUAUGAAUCUUAUUGUUCGGUUGGGAAACUCUGGUGUUAUUCACGGCGAUUUCAAUGAAUUUAAUUUAAUGGUAACCGAUGCUGGCAAACCCAUACUGAUUGACUUCCCACAAAUGAUGUCUACUGCUCAUGAAAACGCCGAAUUCUUCUUCGAGCGUGAUGUGACCUGUGUGCGCGAAAUGUUUCGACGUAAAUUUGGCUUUGAAAGCCAGGACUAUCCGAAAUUUAGUGAUUUGGUGCGCGACGAUAAUUUGGAUGCUGAAGUGCAUUGCACAGGUUAUGGAUUUACAAAGGAAAUGGAACAAGAUUUAUUGCUCGAAUAUGGCAUGAUUGAAAGAACAGAAGCUGACCAUACAGAAGACACAGUUGUGGAUGAUGUGCCCACUUUAGUGCCUGCUACCGCCAUCGAAAUCGACGAAUAUCGCAAACAAGUUGAAACCGAGGUAUGUUACAGCGAAACAAAGUCCACUCAGAAGUCUGACGACGCUAUAAGGCGAUAUAUAGAGUCGUGCACUCAAUAUUUGGGCAAUCUGACCAUGGCCGAAGUGCCAGAGAAAAAUACAGAGACUGUGACACAAAAGCUGACUGUUUUGCCAAAAGAACAGCCUCAGAAUAUGCCCAAAAUCGAAGAACAAGCUAUUCAAGCUGAAACAAAAGAUCUUAAUAGCGACGAGCAUUCCAUCAGCUCAAACGAUUUGGAAACAGAUGAUAUACCCGAAUUAGCUGGUCUAGAUCCAAACUCGCGCAUGUAUCGUUUAAAGAUGGUCGAACAGCUGUUGAACGACGCGCGCAGUCAGCGCUCGUACUCGACAACGGCAAGCACGAUAGCCCCAUCGGUCAUCACAGAUCGAAUUAAAAGGAAUAUGGAUGCGCGUGAGAAGCGCGACCAACGUAAACGCUGUGUGGCCAAAGGCGAAGCCAGCGCUGUGCAUCGACAUCGCAAAGAGAACAAGGAUGUGGUGAAAGAAUAUGCAGGCUGGGAUUUCUAGGGAAAUCAUAUAUACAUAGUUACAAGAGUAGAAAAUGUAGUGUACAUUAUUAAUAAAUUUCUACGUUAACCUUAAAUGCAA